CGCUACGGUUCAUUCAGUAGUAUUAAGACGAGUGAUGAACAUCCGUGGCGCAGCGACGCACCACGUUCAGCACCAAAACAAGCCCUGAGUAGCGCACGGCGGAGUCACCAUUGUGGAGUACCGUGGCCUGCAAGGAGAGGACGCCCCGUGACAGACAGACGCGCGACUCUGGAUAUUUGUCUCACCCGCACCUUUGGAUAACUUGGAGAUUGGAAGCGCGUUCCGAGGACGCUGCUGACGCACGGCGCACGGGAGCUACAGCAGCGCUCCCUGGGAGUGAAGACGGAUUUAUUCGUGCUGCAUAGAGAUUUUUCGCCCCCUCGGUGUAAAUACUUUGGAAUAGGUUUUGCCGCUUGGCUGUCUGGUGACGCGGCUGCCGUGGAGAAGCGAGAAGGAUGGCAGCCUGGUUCACCUUUACCAUCGCGUUCAGCACCACGUUGAUAACACAGGUAUUUGGAUCCGGUGUUUUUGAGCUGGAUCUCCACGAAUUCAAAAACCACAAAGGUUUGCUGGCAAACGGAAACGCGUGCAAACCCCAUUGCAGGACUUAUUUUAGGAUUUGCUUGAAAAACUAUCAGGCUGUGGUGUCGCCAGGUGACUGCAUCUUUGGGAAUACAAUGACACCCGUGCUGGGGACAAACUCUUUCAGCGCCAAGGACAGUGGCACUUUACCUAGACCAAUUCAAAUACCGUUCACCUAUGGAUGGCCGGGCUCAUUUUCAUUAAUAAUUGAAGCCUGGCAUUCACCUUAUGGAAAUCUACCUGUAGAUACCAACAAUCCAGACUUUUUGAUUAGCCUUUUUGCCUUCCAAAGACAGCUGGGUGUCGGGACUGAUUGGUCCCAGGACACACAGAUCGGAACGCAGACGGAGUUGAGGUUUUCAUACCGAUUUAUCUGCAACGAGAGCUACUACGGAGAGAGCUGUUCCAAGAAAUGCACGCCCAGGGACGACCGAUUCGGCCACUACACCUGCACCCGAGAUGGCGAGUUGUCCUGUCUGCCCGGCUGGAAGGGCAAAUACUGCGAAGAACCUAUUUGUCUGGAGGGCUGCAGCGAGCGCAACGGAAACUGCUCCAGACCUGGCGAGUGUGUCUGCAGGGACGGCUGGCAAGGCCCGUUCUGCGACGAGUGUAAGAAGUACCCGGCCUGCAAGCACGGCACCUGCCAGCUGCCGUGGCAGUGUAACUGUCAGGAGGGCUGGGGAGGCCUAUUAUGUGACCAAGAUCUGAACUUCUGCACCCAUCACCAUCCUUGUGUGAAUGGCGCCACCUGCAUGAACACGGGCCAGGGCAGCUACACGUGCACGUGCCUGCCGGGCUUCACCGGCGUGAACUGCGAGCUGGAGAUGCAGGCGUGCGACAGCAACCCCUGCAGGAACGGCGGCACAUGCGCAAAUCUGGAGAGCGGCUACCGGUGCACGUGCCCCCGGGGCUUCGAGGGCCCCCACUGCGAGCACGGCCUGCUGACGUGCACCGAGUCGCCCUGCUUCCACGGCGGCAAGUGCUGGGACAAAGACGACGGCCGCAGCUACAUGUGCGAGUGCCUCCGCGGCUACACCGGCCUCAACUGCGAGAAGAGAGUGGACAAGUGCACGUCGCUUCCCUGCGCUAAUGGUGGCCUGUGCGUGAUGCACGGCGGCACGCGCAUGUGCAGCUGCCGCUCGGGAUUCACCGGCCCGCGCUGCGAGAUCAACAUCAACGAGUGCGCCGGCGGGCCCUGCCUCAACGGCGGCACCUGCCAGGACCGGAUCAACGACUACACGUGCGCCUGCGCCGCCGGCUACGACGGACGCAACUGCGAGCGGAUCCUGGACGACUGCUCGCUCCAGCCCUGCCUCAACGGCGGCCUGUGCACCGGCGGCGGCGGGCCGGGCAGGCCUCCCGCCAUGUGCACCUGCCCCGACAACUUCUCCGGGCGCCGCUGCGAGCUCUUCGCCGACCGCGCCUCCACCGCGCCCGGCGAGCACACGCAGGACGGCUUCCAGUGGGCGGCGGUGUCGCUGGCCGUGGGGCUGGUGGCGCUCCUGGUGCUGCUGUGCAUGGUGGGGCUGGCCCUAAGGCACAUCCACGCGCACGCCCAGCGCGAGCGGGGCGACUCGGAGACUAUGAACAACCUGUCCAACGCACAGAGGGACAACCUGAUCCCGGCGUCCCAGCUCAAGAACACCAACCAGAAGAUCAGCCUGGAGGUGGACUGUGAUUCGGAGAAAUCGAACUUUAUCCAUAAAAACUAUCACUUGGACUCUUACAACUCGAAAUCAAAGGAGUUCAAGGAUGAAAAGUCGCAGGAUGACAAAAGUCUUAUUUAUGACAAGUGUUUAGAAGAUAAAAUGCCCUUGAGAAGAAUGUACAGUGAAAAGCCGGAGUGUAGGAUAUCAACGAUAUGCUCCUCGAGAGACUCCAUGUACCAGUCGGUAUUUGUUAUAGCAGAGGAAAGGAGGGAAUGCGUCAUAGCAACCGAGGUGUAAACUGUGAGAGGGUCUGAAAGCCACAGGGACGAGGGACAAGACACAAUCAAGGCAGAAUGUAAUAUUCUGGAUUGUUUACAAAUGCUGAGAGGAGACCGGGGAUGGUUUCAGUUGUCCACUGCUGCUCUGGAACACUUGAGAAAUCUCAGCUCUGCGAACUAAGAAACUUUAUGUCGACCAAGUGUUUGUAUGCAAAAACAAAAAUGUACAGUGAAGGACCUCUCAGUUGUAAGAAUGGCUUGACGGACUGACAAAAAGACUUGUUAAUCAAGGUGUGAGGACGGACUGAGCUUCGGUGAAUUAUUAAUUUAUAACUUUGGCCGUCCUGGACAGUGAAAGGAGGUGAAGGUGGAUCAUCGUCCCUCAUACCUGACCCGGCCGUCUGUGAUAAUCAUGGUGACUCUGAAAGCCAACCAAUUAGUUAAAAAGGUGCCUAAAGAUUUGACCCCCCACCGACCCCCCUACACACACACACACCCUCCACUGCCAGCUUCGCCUGCUAUGCAAGACUCAGGGUCGAGACAAAGGAGCUCACCCACCAGCACAAUCCAACCUCCGAACACUGAGAAUUAUGAAUGUCUGAAACUAAUCUUCAGCUGUCAAUCACACGAAAAAUGGCUGGUCGGACUUUUCCAUUCAACGGUGAAGAUUGUAUGCAGCUCCAAAUUCACUAGAAGCCUUAAAAAUAGGGGGUUUGAAUGAUAAAUUUGUGCCCUUGUCUGUCCUUGGAUCGUUUGCACUACAACACAACACGGGAAAACUGCUUUUUAAUCAACCAGGAUUCGAAGAGAAAAACCACAGGAGCAAGAGCCUGAGCUGUGCCAGCAAGAUCCAAGCGAAGAGUAAAACCCAGGGAGAAAGACUCUCACACCACUGCCUGCCUAUAAUAAAAUUCAAAAAACACAGAACCAAUAAUGUAAUUUUUUAAAAUGAUUAUUUCCAGAGUUUAAUUUAAAUAUGGCACACUGUUCUUUAUAUGUUUUAUAAUAUUAUUUUGUAUAUAAUGCAUAUUUAUAAGGACCAAACUUCUGAAGAAUAAAACUUCCUUGAAAAUUUGAUGUCAGUAAAUGAGAAAGGAAAUUAUUUUUGAGGUGUUUUGAAAUAAUGAAACUGAUUACCAAUAAUGA